GCACUGUUCCCUUAUCAGUACUUCCGCCUAUCAGUAUCAGCUGAGCGGGAACUCCCCACAACAAAACCUACUAAAUCUUCUAAAUUUAUUUCUGCAUUUAGACGCCGAAUAGACCUUCACAGAGGAACACGGAAAAUGUUGGGUAAGCCCCAGUGGGUGCCACUACUGCCAUGUUCCUGGAGCUGAGAGACAGAGACAGGACACACUGUAUCACUGACAUUUGGCUAAAGGAUGGUUACCUGCCACAGAUAGAUGGGGAAGGGCCUGGUCUGGACUUCCAGUUAGAACCUGCUGUGUGGUUUAAGGUGCUUUUGUUAGAGACUGUAAGAAUCAACUGCCAUCAGCAGGUGCUGAGAUGGGUGACGUACGCACCCUCAAACUGCUCCCCAGAGUCAGCGGUCAACGGGCCAAAAGAAAUCUAUGGGCCUGGGAGCAGUUAUGACUAUGAUGAUGACCAGGACAACUUGUUUGACAUUGCAGGACAACUAUUAAAGAGAGACUCUUCAACUAGGGAGUAUAAACAGGACCUGUUCCGACUGUUACACUGCUACGUUCUACCAGUCAUCAGGCUGACCCCAGAUGACCUGCCACUCAUAGACAACAUGCUGGAAAUGCAGAUGUGCCUGUUGAACGGAGCGGACAACGAACUUCAGCGGCAGUUCCAGGUCACCGAUGGGACCAAACGGAUCAUGAGGGAACACCGCAGCGACUUCGCCAGGAAAGUCGUGAAUCAGGAAAUAUGUCUGAAAGACUACAGUAAAGACUUUCUUGAGGAAGUGAAGAAGGGACUGGAUGAUGACAUCACUAUAGUUAGAGAAAAGCUUAAUGAUGUUCAGAAGAAAGUCAACCAGGCUAAAGAGGACUUGAAGAACCUUAAAGUUGAUGGGAACUUCUUAGAAAGAGUUCGAGAGACCAGAGAUGGCAUCAAGACCCACCUUGAAGUGUUACUUAGAGGGAUGGCUGAAAUAAAGAACUUCCUCGAGCUCCGGAAGAAGAAACGAUCAAGUAAAUGGAUGAGGAGAGCCCCGCAGAUAGAGUCAACCUUCCAUUCUGCACAGGAACAGUUAGGGGAACAGAGGGAGAAGCAGAAGUCUUUGUUGGACAAAAAGUUGCUCCUUGUCAGUGUGAAAGAGGCUCUGCGGUUGGCUAUCAGUGACCUCCAUGAAGACAAGGACACAGCUGGACUGGAAACAAGUGUGAUGGGAGGGGCCAGGGCAACCGAUGUUCUAGAGUCUUCUACAUGGAGCACAUUGGGUGAGAGAGUUUCUAAGAUAGUGCACACGAGUGGAGACCCAAUAGCAGAAGAACACAAGGCAUUCUGUUCGUGGGUGGUGAAGCUGUGUCAGGCUGGGUCGGCUGAAGAGGAGCUACGACAUCUCAAUGUCAGCUUCCAGAGAAGCACAGACCUGUCCCUGUCCAUGCAUGAGGCCAGACUGAACAGUAGUUCCAGCUCUGACGAUGAGUUUGUCAUCAUACAUGACAUGGACGUGGACCCUAACGAGAACUGUGUGCGCAGACUCAAGACGGAGAUACACAAACAUUUCAGGAAGAUUACCAAGCGUAUUGCAGAGCGAGAGUUGAAGCCCAACGAUGUACACUUUGUGAGGAAAGUCUGGCUGUACUAUGAGAUGUGCUUUUUCUCAGAGACUAUGGAGGCCAUUACUGCACUGUAUGAGCUUGCCUAUGGAGAAGAAGUCCAACAGCUGUGCACGGCGCUGGAGAGGCUCCGAGUCUCGGACAUGGAGAUUCGCGACAGCUGGAUUCUCUCGCUCUUCCCAGAGAUCGUUAACACGGAGGAGGGCAGCGAGACUGAGAGCGCCGGCGACCUGACCACGCCCACCAGCGGGAACAGUAGCGGUGACGACAACGAUAAACAGUCGGACGGCGACAGUCUUUCAGAAACCGCACAUCUGCAAAAAGAUGCAUCACUGAAUAACAAGGAUGCAACUGUAUCUACAGCAUCAAACAACAAAAAAUUUGAAAUUAGAAACUCAGAAAACAACCAAGAUAUCCCCCAAGAGGAAGAAUCUCAAGAGACAACAAAUGAUGAUGCCUUGUCUUUAAGAGAUGAAGAUGAGAUCGUCUUGAGUCCUCGCAUCUCCCAACAGCUUCAGAGGCCGCCUUCUUACGAGUAUAGACUCAACUAUGUCAGUCUGGAUCCAACUAUCAAUAAUGAAGACAUAGAGGAAGCUGUAGAAGUGACGCAAAACUCUAUGGAGACAAUUGCAACAACUGAAGAAGAGGAAGAUACAAGUUAUAGGGAUAGAAAUGUAUCGCUUGCUUCCAUCAAUGAAAUUGAUGUGGAGAUAGGAAAGGAUGAAGCUGUUGUCAUGGCAGUAGCCAAUGAGGAUGAAGAUACCAAGAGUCAUGACUGUAGAACUCCUAUGGCAGAGAGUGCCUGUGAGUCUGACUUGGAAGCUGUUCGAGUCAGGUUGAAUUUCAAAAAUUUGGGAAACCAAAGUCAUGAUUUGAGUUCAGACUCUGGUCUUGGGGCCUCUUCUGUGUUUGGUAACAACAAUAGUGAUUACAGAAAUAACGGACAGGAAAGUGCCUUACCGUUAGUUGUUGACCAACAAGAAGAUGCUACAACUCCAAAGGAACGUUUCAGAGAACGAACCACAGCACUGGACAGAAAGGAUGUUGUGCCACCCAAAAGGAGUAGAACAGCUCUCCCCACUAACCUAAAAAUGGUCCCGCGAAAAGACAGCGAGGAAGCGUUAAACCUCCUUCAGAUGGUACAAGCGAGGAAGGAAAGGAACGCGAGGUGUCGGAGGUCGACGCACUUCUACACAGCAAUCGACACGUUCAGCGAGGUGCUUCGGGAAGCCACGCCCCUGCGGAAGCUCCAAGCUCUGUCCAAGAGUCUGAGGGACAUUAAUGAGAGGGUGGGGCAGCUCAGGACAGUACAGGGAGAAGACAGCCAUCCUCUGGGCUGUGAUGACCUGGUGACCAUCCUGAUGCUGGUCCUGCUGGAGUCCCACAUCCCCACGGUCCUGUCCCUCUACACACAGCUCAGGCUGCUCGAGGACCUCAUGGCGCCCUUCCUGGAGACGGGUUGCCAUGGUUACGCACUGGUGCAGUUCCAGAUGGCCCUGCAGUACCUCCAGUCAAAAGUCUGAGGGCGCUGUUGUACUGUCCCUCUACACACAGCUCAGGCUGCUGGAGGCAUGGCACCCUUCCUGGAGACAGGCUGCCAUAGCCCUGCAGUACCUCAAUCAAAAGUAUGAGGGCGCUGCUGUACUGUGUACAUCAAGUCUGGGACAGACUAUGAAGAAUUGGGAGAGGUUAACUGUUGUGAAUAUUAUGUUCCGAACUUGGUUGUUUGGUUGGUUUGUAAGUUUGUUUUUUAAUACAUCCUGGGAGCACUCCACAACUAUGAAAUGUUGCGGUAUGCUGAAGACCAAUAUUUUUCUGAUGUUCAUAAUGAAGGUGUUUUAGAUACAUUUUCAGGUGUGCCUGUUUUACAGAGGGACCAUUGAAGACUGCUCUUAAAAAUCCCCACACAACUUUUUUGCUUUAGUAAGUAGCAGUGAGUCAAAUACAAAUUGUCAUAAGAU